AUGGUGGAGGAACUCUUGGUGGUAAAGGAGGCCAAAAUCAGUAGGAACCUCACGAAGUCCCUGCUGGCAGUUGCUUUUCUGGCUUCGUUCGGCAGCUCCAUGCUCUAUGGAUUUAAUCUUGCUGUGGUCAACUCUCCCGCGCAGUAUAUCAAAGACUUCUACAAUGAAACUCUUCAAGAAAAGUAUGGCUGGAUUCCAGAUGAGCGGUAUAUCACAAUCUUAUACUCCCUUACUGUGUCUAUCUUUGCCAUUGGUGGGAUGCUCGGAGCUCUGUUAGUGGGAAAACUAGUAACCAAGUAUGGGAGGAAGGGGACGCUGGUGAGAUCAACUGUCCUCGUGUUUGUUGGAGGAGGUCUCAUGGGCCUUAGCAGAGCAUGGAGGGAGCCAUCCAUGGUCGUCAUUGGACGCUUCAUUGUUGGAGUACACUCGGGUAUCUCUCUCAGUGUGGUUCCUAUGUACCUUGGUGAGAUUGCCCCCAAGAAUCUACGAGGUUUCCUUGGUCUGAUUCCGAGCAUCCAUAUUUGCCUCGGAGUCUUCAUUGCUCAGGUCCUGGGGCUUAAAGAGCUGAUGGGAAAGGAACAGCACUGGCCUCUGCUCAUGUCCCUGAUAGUAUUUCCAACCCUGGUCCAGCUGAUGCUGUUACCAUGGUUUCCUGAGAGCCCACGUUAUCUGUUGAUAGAAAAGGGCAAUGUUCACGCCACCAUUGCAGCCCUCAAGUGGUUCCGUGCUAAAGGCAACAUCCAGUUGGAGGUGGAGGAGAUGCAAGAGGAACAACGUUCUUUGUCCUCCAUCCAGACUGUAUCCGUAUGUGGACUCCUUAUGGACCACUGUGUUCGCUGGCAAGUCAUCACCAUUGUAGUGGUCAACAUCGGCAUGCAGCUGUCUGGCAUUGAUGCGAUAUGGUUCUACACAAAUGAUAUAUUUAAGAAUGCCGGAAUUCCAGAACCCCAUAUUCAGUAUACCACAGUGGGAACUGGAGCCAUUGAGGUCAUCUCUGGAAUGCUUGGGUGUAUUGCAAUUGAACGUGUAGGUCGGAGACCUCUGAUGAUUGGCGGUUACAUCUUCAUGAGCCUGUGCUGUGCUGGGAUCACCGUGUCUUUCUUCUUGCAGGAGCAUCUGUCCUUCAUGCGCUACCUCAGCGUUGGCUGCGUUGUUGGGAUUAUUGCUGGUUUCUGUAUUGGUCCAGCCGGCGUGCCCUUUCUGAUCACAGCGGAGCUCUUCAAGCAGUCACACCGACCAUCAGCCUACACCUUGGGCGGCUGUCUCAACUGGUUGUCUAACUUCACCAUCGGCUUUGUUUUUCCCUUCCUUGAGCAAGCUACUGGUCCUUACUGUUACCUCAUCUUCUGCGCCAUCUGCCUUGGAGUGGCCAUCUACACCAUCUUCAUCAUUCCUGAAACCAGGAACAAAACCUUCAUGGAGAUCAGUCAGAUGUUUGCCUCCAAGAACAACAUCCUAGAAGAGGAGUUGACAUCCAACGGGCACUUGAAAAUGUCUCUGAUGAACGGUUAUGGGACGCUGGGCCAUCACAAUAUAAAGUAA